AUGGUCGAUCAAGCUCGGGUAGCUGAAGUAACUAAAGGCAUCUUCACUUUUGCUGAUACUGAUGGAUCAGGUGCUCUUGAUAGAGAAGAGUUCAAGACUGCACUUGGCAAAAUGAUUGCUGAGCAUGGGAUGAGUCCCCUUACUGACGAACAGUUCGACCAAGAAUUUACAGGACUUGAUGUCGAUGGAAAUGGGCUUAUUGAUGAAAAUGAGCUUCAAGCACUGGUUGCUAGGCUCUUAUCAGCUUAA